GGCAUCUGGCAGCCAUAGCACUCCAGCACUGUGGAGGCCCUGGGGUUUCAGGGCCAUUGUCACAUCAUUCCCACCUCAACAAGUCCAGACCCAGACUCCUUGGGACAAAGGGACGAAGGUCUCAUCUUCUGGAGCUGCUUCAGGAAUGUCAAUGAUAGAAAUCUCACCUUCAAAGAUGGAAGAUAUUAUGAUCAAUCAGAAUGAUGAACCUGAUGAAACUAUUACCAUCUAUGUAAAAGAUGAAAAGAAGCAGACAAAAGGAGGAAGGGACAAAACUAUUAUGCAGGAAAGUAUUCAUGAUCAACAGGCAUGGGAAAACACCAAUGAAAAUAUUCCCACAAACAUGGAAAGAGAUGAGAUCUACCACAUGCACAAGCCCAAUGAGCCUGAGGCAUGUGGUACUGUGGAGAUGAAUGAUAAAGUAAAUCAAUCAAACUCUGAACAAAUUGAGAGGAUGAUUUCUGAGGAAGGUGGAGGUGAUCAGCAGGCCUGCAAUGCUAAUACUGGCAACAAAAGCAUAGGGAAACACCAAAUAAGUAAGGAUAGUUAUCCAGAUGAAAACGAUGAAGAAUCAAAAUUUGGAGUGAACAAGAAGGAAGGAGCUGGUGAUAAUUAUGGAUGUGAUGCCAAUGAUGGUAAUAUGCAAGUAACUAUGGAAAAGAGUGAGAUCACCUACAAUAAUGACUCAAGUGGACCUGCAGUUAAUAUCACAAAUGUACAAAUUGAUAUGAAUCUACAAAAAAGUGAUAACAUGAUAAUGCCGGAUAAUAUAGAUGACCAGCAGGCGCGAGUGGUCAACAUGUGCAAGAUUGCAGAAAACAAAGAAGAUUCUUCUAGUGAUAGUGGUGAUGAAGGAGGGAUAUGGUUCACAGCUCCAGUGACUUAUAUAGAAGAAUACCAUCUACCAACUUAUUUUGACGAAGAAAGACCAACAUAUUAUGGAUGGGAUGAAUCUAUGUGGAGUUAUGUAGAAAGAAAAGAAAAAUUCUCUUCUUACUUCGGUGAUAAAAGUGACAUAUGGAUUGCAGAACCUGCUUUGCAUGCAGAAGGACAUUCCAAUCCACCAACAUAUAGAGAACCAGCCAAUCAGUAUGCAAGGAAGAUCAAACUAUUCCCAACUCCAGAAAUUACAGAAGACCCCUGGCCUAGUGAAAGUGAGAGAAUAAGUGAUGACACAGCAAAGAACACAAUACAAGGGAAAAGCAGUAAAAAGAGGAGGCUGCUUUCAUUCUUUCGAUGUUUCUCACGGACAUCUAGAAAACAGAAAAAGGUACAUCAUGAAAAGUCAAUUUCAGGGGAUUCAAAAAGAGCCAUCGAUGAAUCCAGAAAAAAUGUCUCUGAAGACACAGCGUCCCCAGGUUGCAGUAUUUUGUCAUGGUUUUUUUCUUCUAGGAAAUAGAGAAACCCCAGGAAAUAAAGUUAGGAGAGGAAAUGUUUGUCCUGGUUUUGUCCUGCGUUUUGACGCCUGCCUGUGUUCUCCCUAAUUGUUCAGGGAGUCAUACGCAGGCAGGAAAGUGUAGGAAGCUCCUACUGAGAACCAAGCUCAGCGUUAAAUGUUGGGGCAAGAGAGAGGAAAGAGAGUGACGCAGUCCCUCACG